CUGAGGAGGACGGCAGACAGGCUUUUGCAGUCACUCUGCGUGUGACUCUCGGCGCCUACAGGCUGGAGAGGUUUCUGUUUAUGUGAUGAAGAAGCUCCUGUAGAGGAUUAUUUACCAGAACUGGUCUGUUAGACUUCCUUUUUUUUCUCUUCGGAUCUCCAGAGACCGGGUAAGGGAAAGAGGCAGUAGCGAGCGGGACGCUUGUGUCUGCUGGGACAGAUAUCACACUGACUGUGUUGUGAUGUGAUGAUGGUCGAUUAAAAUAGUCAAGAUUAUGUUCAAAAUUUGAUUUCGAACAAUUCAAUGACAGUUUCAUCCUUACUUGUUCAUUUGAGCUUUAUUUGUUUGACUUUUUCAUAACUUUUUGAUCAUCUGACUGCUGCAAUGCGCCCCUGGGUGCAUGAAAACAUGGGGUGCUGUGUGAAUUUGCGUCAUUAUCAGUAAUUACUGUCAUUUGGAUCAUCUCAUUUCAGAGUGACUUCAGCUCUUUUGUCUGAGUUUGAAUUGACUCAUCUCGUCUUAAAAUUUGUGCUUACAGCUAUGACUUCCCACUCUGAGGACUAGCACACCAGGCUCCUGUACUGUAUAACCCUGACAUGAUGAGGGGGCUGCAGUGGAUAUCCCAUCAUGCCCCUGUGGCAGCACUUCGCGGGAGGUGUCUCAUCACCAUCUUACCUCUGACUCUCUUGUUGGCAUCAGUGCGAGUGAGUGGGCAGCUCAUAGGAAGCCCACUGGACUGCCAAAAGACGUGUGUGUGCGCCAGUAACAUAAUCAGCUGCUCCAGGAUGAACCUCACGCAUGUUCCCCUCGCUCUGCCUCGAUACACAGCUGUCCUGGACCUCAGCUUUAACUCCAUCAGCAGGCUACAGGCUGAGUGGACACCCAUUAAACUCAUGAGGCUGCACAGUCUGCUGCUCAGCAGCAACGGCCUCAACUUCCUGUCCUCUGAAGCGUUUGUUCACGUGACCAGGCUGCGUUACCUGGACCUUUCUUCCAACAGCCUCCGUCAGCUGGAUGAGUAUAUUUUUGAGCCACUGGAGUACCUGGAAGUCCUCCUGCUUUACAACAACCGCAUCUCUCAGAUUGAUCGCUCAGCCUUCUCAGGCCUUGUCAGCCUGCAGAGGCUCUACCUGAGCCAGAACCAGAUCUCACGCUUCCCCCUGGAGCUGGUGAAGGAACGUGGCCGACUGGAAAGUCUCAGACUGUUGGAUGUUUCCUCAAACCGGAUAAAAUCCUUGCCCCUCCAGGAGCUUCAGAUUCUGCCUGCCUGGCUCAAAAAUGGCCUGUACUUUCAUAACAACCCUCUGCCUUGCAGCUGUGAGCUGUAUGACGUGUUGGCAAGGUGGCGCCUCAGGGAGCUCAGCUCAGCCACUGACUUUAGUAGCAGCCAUACCUGUGUCUUACCAGGAGCACAAAAAGAGAGGAUGACCACUCUGGAUCUGGACAAGGCCUAUCUUAACUGCAGCGAGGUAAGAAUCAUGGGUGAGAAAGCGUAUCUGGACCAGUUCUUGGUUCUGGACUGUGACACCAGGCAGAGGGACAUGAAAAAGAGCUGGGAGCUGCCCGGAAACGUCCCAGUGACUCCAGAAUACAAGAUGGCUAUAGUACGUCCAGAUGGCGGCCUGCAGAUCGGGCCCCUGAAGGUGGAUGACUCUGGGGUCUACACCUGCUUUGCCACCAGCGACUCCUUAAAUGAGACACUCUAUGUAACUGUGGUGGUUUUCAACUCCACUUCAAGCGGUGGUUUGGAGAACCUCAAAACAGCCUACACCACCCUCGUAGCAUGCCUGGUGAGUGUGGUGAUGGUUCUCAUCUACCUGUACCUCACUCCUUGCCGCUGCCCCUGUUGUCCAGACCAGGAUCUAGAGAAAACUGACCCUGCAGACAGCCUCCAUUCUUCCACUGUCAGCAUCUCUCAGGCGCAUGAGGAGCCGGGACAGCAGGAGAGAGUGGAAGGAGGAGGAUUCCCCUACAGACAAGUGCCCUUCUUGCAACCCAAAGACCAGCUGGAGCAGAACGGACGGCUAAAUCCGAUAGGUGAGGAAGAUGAAGAGUGGCAGGGGGACGGCAGAGAGAGAAGAAGGUCUGACGCAGAGUCUGUCAGCUCUGUGUGCUCUGACACUCCCAUGGUGGUGUGAAAGUCAGAGGGAUAUCCUUCAGGGGAAGACAGUGAUUGUCCAGUCCAGAUUGUGUGCUUUGAACAUGUGCAAGACUCAAAAAUUAUCAUUUUUCAAACAAAAUGACAGCUGGCUGCGUGCUUCAGUAGCAUGAUGGUGUUUUAAAAAAAAAUCAAAUCAAGUCAGAAAAAAAUGUCAAAACACCUUAAAAACUUCAAACUAAUCAUGCCAAGAAAUAAACAAGAUUAUCCUGUGAUGAAAAAUACUGGAAUGGCUGCAUCUAUCGGUUGUUUCACAGGUUAGACUUUGUUCGUUCUUUGUUCACAGACUUUGUUUACGUUAUCGUCAAUGCUGAAAGUUUGUCUGAAAGUGCAAUUUUCUGGCUGAUUCACAAGAAACUGCUAUGCAAGACACUAAAAUAUACGGAGUUUUGAAAGGAUGACAUGAAGCCUACUGUUCUUCCUCAUUUUAACUGAUUUCUGACUGGCUUCAUGGUGAAAAAAAAAGGAACAGAGCUUUUUUUAAUAUUAUUAUUAGCAGAGGGGACCAUUAGCUCUGAAGGUGUUGGAAGGACGCUGCUGCUUGAAAGGUGGAUUAAUUUUUAUGCAGAGCUUACAGAGCUCAGUUAAUCUUUUGCUGUCAUGUGUUUAAUAUUCAUGAUGUUUUACAUUCCUUUUGGGUUUAUGCUGCGUUCGAGUUACCUUGGAAGUCAGAUGUCGGAGCUGAAAAUGACGUCACACACCUGAGUUACCAGCAUUUCAGUUACCAAGUCGGAAAAAAGCAAAAUCGAAGGCGGAAACAAGAUGGCUGCAUCUACUAAAGUUAUUUUGGCGCUUGUCUUGUCCUUGUUAUAUUCGGACAAGGCAAGCGGUAACUGAUAUGCUGGUAAUUUAGGUGUGAAGUCAUUUUCAGCUCCGACAUCUGACUUCCGUGGUAACUCGAACGCACUAUCAGUCUACCAGAACAUGAUACUUAAUAUAUUCAAGUGCAAUAUUAGCUCUUUUUAUUGUUUCAGAUUGAUAAUGCAUCUUCUACUUAAAGCUCCUGUGAGGAACUUCCAGUUUGUGUCAGUUUUGGCGCCCCCUGUGGACAGAGCAGUCUUCGCUGUCGUCCUCUACAUGCAGAGAUAGUGUCUUCUGACAACAAAACUAAUCCUGCUGACUUUCAGCUGUCAAAUUCAUCAUUGACUGUGAAUGUCUUAUGCAGUAACUGUCAAAAUAAGCUGUAUGGCUGACAACUACUCACUCACACUGAUUUUAGACAUAAAGAAGUAUCAUACAAAAUAAUCAAUCUUGUCACUGAUGCUCUUCUUUGCUUUUGUAUACCAUAAAGAGACAUAAAAAUAAAUUUUAGUCCAACUCUUUAACUUAAAAAAAUCUCCCACUAAAGUUUGAAGUGUUGUAUAAGCUGCUUUGACAUUUUUAGCCUUAUGCACACGUCUGAUUUAAAUCAUUCUGGAUUUGGCAGAAUUACAGAAUAUCAACUUCAAUAUUGAACUUUUUCAGUGAGUCAGUCGUUUAGUCUCUGACGUGUCCCAUAUGAAGAAAAACUUCAACAAAACAUUUGAUAUAAGCAAGAUAGCGUUGCACCAGAUUUAUACGUUGCAGUUGCGACAUUAAAACCACCAGUUUUUAGUAUCACUAUUAAACUAACCAAAAAAACGGGUAUUGUUAUUUCACCCUGGAGCUGUUACAUGGCAUGAUUUUUCACAUCUCUGCAGGAAAAUCGGCCUCCAUCUGCUGUAGAAAGACUUUUUAUCUCCUGAUUACGAUUUGCUUCUCUUUCUAUUUGUGGUCUGGACUUCUAUGAAUCUUUUAUGAAUUUUUGCCUGUUUGCUUCGGAGUGGAAGCACCUAUGUUUAGUCUCAUCCGGGUGAACUUAGCCCGACAGUCUGCAGAGAUAGAGAGUUUGUGUAAAAUGAUACUGAAAUAUAGGUUUGUCAGUGUGUUUGAAUUUAAAAUACUGUAUUUUUAUCAGAUGUAGUUCGUAGAUGUUUAGUUCAGGGUGAGAUCCAGGCUGUAAACAUGUCGGUACAUCCUGCCUCAGUAGACAGGUAAUAGCAGCCAGGAAUCAUCACCAAGGGGAGACAACAGAGAGUAGGCAUCAUCUAUUUGAAUCCUUGUGGGCUUUAGUGCCCAACCCUGAAAUUAUCAGGAAAUGCCAGCCAUCCAGCAGGCAGAAUCACAAACAGUCAGAAAUAGCACAGAGCAAAUGUCUGACGGGGAUAAAAUAUAAGCAGAGGAGCAGCAGUUUUCAAACAAGUCUUACUGAUUGUUAAAUGACUGAAACACUGUCAUAUUGUUGUGUAAUAGAUGAGGAUGAGUCCUUACAAAAACAGACGAUUAGGUCCAUUGAAUGAAAAUAAUCUCACUUUGGCAGUUUUGUCUGUGAAUGAUCAUUACCAAGCAUGUUUAAAGCAAUACAUACGACAACUAAUACAAGAAUUAACUUCACCAUCAAAAUGAUAACUAAAGCUGACAACAUUUGACAUCCUAGAAGCUGAUAUUAAAUCCAUAAAAUAACACUCUUUACUAGUGAAAUUAACAGAUGUAGCAAUGUACAGCGAAUGUACUUUUGUUUUGAAAGACGUCUUUUUCUAUGCUUUUACUUCUCAUGGUGCUUUAUUAACAUCAAAAAGACACAUUUACCCCUCACUUUACUGUCUGUGUGGGAAUAAUAACUCUGAACCUGUUGUGAUAUUGUGAGUAUGGAUCAGAUAUAAUGUAAACAUUUCUCUCUGUAGUGCUUUUUUGGAUUGUCGAAAAUUGUCUUUUUUCCUCUGAGAGUCACUUAUAACCAAAAACUGAGUCACAUGCUGCGAAUUGAAUGACACGCAUGUUUGGUGUUUACAGUUAGAGCAGUUAUAUUGUCAUUAGUGUGUCGAAGUCACCUGCUGUGUUUCUGUGCUCAACUGCAACCUUGUGUUCUCAUAUAUGCAAACCUGUUGAAAGACUAACUGUUAAAUCUGUGUUGUUAUUGUGGCUCAUAAAAAACAAAAAUGUGGAAACAAAGAG